UUCUCAGACCUGUUUGGUGCCCGAAAACUACUUGAGUGAAAGAGAACUUAUCCACUGGAUGGCGAGGACAUCGACAACCAUUGAAGGUCUUUGAGAACGGGUUUGGCUGCGUUUGGCUUCCGAACAGAUGGUGACAAGACCCCCCUCUCCUGAGCUGAUCCCCUUUCUACAGCCAGGAGCCAAUGGCCGGGGACAGAGCCAAACCCUGUGAGCUGGACCAAGAGAAAUACGAUGCCGAUGACAAUGUGAAAAUCAUCUGCCUGGGGGACAGCGCUGUGGGCAAGUCCAAACUUAUGGAGAGAUUUCUCAUGGAUGGAUUUCAGCCCCAGCAGCUGUCCACAUACGCCCUGACGCUGUACAAGCACACGGCCACGGUAGACGGCAAGACCGUCCUUGUGGGCAGUCAGAGCUGUGUUCACAUUGCAGACUUUUGGGACACAGCAGGCCAAGAACGGUUCCAGAGCAUGCACGCCUCCUACUACCACAAGGCCCACGCCUGCAUCAUGGUAUUUGAUGUGCAGAGGAAAAUCACCUACAAGAACCUGAGCACCUGGUAUACAGAGCUUCGGGAGUUCAGGCCAGAGAUUCCAUGCAUUGUGGUGGCCAAUAAAAUCGAUGACAGGCCCAUGUCCUACCUUCUCUCUACAGCAGACAUAAAGAUGACCCAAAAAAGCUUCAAUUUUGCCAGGAAGUUCUCCCUGCCCCUGUACUUUGUCUCAGCUGCUGAUGGUACCAACGUUGUGAAGCUCUUCAGCGAUGCAAUUCGAUUAGCUGUGUCUUACAAACAGAACUCCCGGGACUUCAUGGAUGAGGUUUUGCAGGAGCUUGAGAACGUCAGCUUGGAGCAGAAGAAGGAGGAUGUGCUGGACAGAGAGCAGCGUGGCCGCGUCGAGAGCCCGCCUCCCUCCUGAGCCACGGAAGGAGGCCUCUCCCCACGGCUGGCUCGGUGGGGAGGGGGAGCUCAGAAUACCCCCGCCCUCGGCAGCCCUUCAGCUCUCACCUGAGACGUUCUUCCAGGCCGUCCCCUGCUGUACCUCCUGCAGACCCAGCCAUCCCGUUUGCUCCCCCACUUCCAUGGCCCGUGAGACCUGACCCUUCACAGUUGUUGCCUCCCCUGUAGUCAGGGGCAGGGAAGGGGUCAACACCAGCAAGAGCCAUCAACAGGUGUAAGAGGUCCACACCAGACCCUGAGGCAGAAUUAAGGAUGGACCCUCCAGGUUAUGUGGGACAGUGAAGAAAAUCGGGGAACAUUCUGUGUGUGUCUCUUAAAUAAAAGGAAAUUUAGGUGGGUUUUUUUCCCCUCCCAGAACUGACCUCAGGGCCUAUUCGUUGCAUUUCUACCAAGGGAAUGAUUUCUAAUUCCUGACUAUCCUUUUUCCUCUUUAGUCUCCCAACGAAACCAACCAUUUUAAGAAAACGGUUUUGAGCAGAGAGCUGUUCAUUCCGUAAGUUUUUCCAGAGUUCUUCUAGGUACAGCCAGUACACUGAUGAACAGCGAGGCCAAGACCACAGGCACAAGUUUGUUGUUAACAUCACGUGAAAGCAGGUGACUGGUCUGGCCAUACUUAGUAAUACACAAACAUCGUAGUUGUACACAUCGAGGGUCAAUACAGCCACACCACAAGGCACACCUGUUUGCAUUGUAAGAAAUUGACUUUAGGAAAGCUUCCUUUAAAACCCCUAUUUCAACAAGGGAGGCUUUGCUUCAUUUUUUUUGAGGACUAGUGUGGACAUUGUACCUCCUUGGGUGGCAAGGGCUGCUGAGAACUGUCGUGCUGUCUUUUCCAUUCAUCUCCAGGACUUGUGCUCCACUAGGAUGUUUUUAUGAUCAUCUUGUACAUCAUUUCCAUUUUUUAAAUUUAUUUUUAUUUACAUUGAAUAGAUGUGCAUGCUUUGUGGGUAUGGAUUUCUCUGAGCAAAAAGUCACAAGAGAACGAGCGGAUCGUCAGCCACAUUAAUAAGGGGAGACUGCCGUGAUCUGUCAUGUUAUCUCUUGAUUUAUUGUCACAGAGACCAUUUCAGUGGAAUUUAGUGUUUUUAAAAGAAUGGGUAUUUGGGAGUCAAGAACAAGGAUUUUUAUCCUUUAGAUUACUGAUGCUUACAAUUUCAACUUCACAGAUUUAACCCGACCAGGAAAUUUCAGGAAUGCGUUACCCUGGUGAGAUGUACUCUUAAAAACAACAAUAAAAACAACCCUUUAGUUAUUAUAAAUGAUUAAUAAGUGUUUUUUAAAUAUAAUGGCUUCACUGAGAUAUAAUUCAAAAACCAUAUAAUUCACCAUCAGUAUUGGUUUUACGUAACAACCAUUUUGCAUCAGGUUCCCUAGAAGCAAAGCCUGAGAAGGCAACUCUUGUUCAGAUGACUUAGUGCGGCAGUUUUCUGUCUCUGCUGGGGACCAGCUUCAGUCUCCCCCUUCCUAGGGAAGCUCUGGAGGACAAACUGCCCCACAAGGAUGGUCCCACUUUGAGACCAGGGGGCUUUUUGUGCCAGUUGGCCAAGUGUGUGAGGAGGAGGAGGAGGUGGAAGGGAUGACUCCUCGUGUCCAGGGCAAAGUGGCUCCUGUUUUAGCAAGGGCAGUUCUCUGGGGAAAGGGCAGCUAUGAGUUUCAACACUCAAAGUAGGUAGGGGAUAAGUGCACAGGCAGGGUGCCAGCAAUAUCCAUGGCCACCUACCCAUACACUGCUCAAAUCCACCUGCUUCUUAAAGAUCAUUUCAUCCUGACAUACAGGACCGCCCCUGAGUCUUUUUUAAAUAAUUUAUUGAGGUGAAAUUACGUAACAUAAAAUUGAAGUACACGAUGCAGUGCCAUUUAGUACAGUUACAGUGUUGUGCAACUAUCACCUCUGUCUAGUUCUAAAACAUUUCCAUCACUCUGAAGUAAAGCCCCUUACUCAUUAAGUAGUUUCUCUCCGACACUCCCUCCCCUCAGCCCCUUUUAAAUACUGAUCUACAUUCUUUCUGUUUCUAUGGAUUUAUCUAUUCUGGAUAUUUCAUAUAAAUGAAAUAAAACAAUAUGUGACCUUU